UACCGAUAGUGAAUCAGAGUGGCGGUCGACUCCGGGCACAUCGGGAGUAAGCCCGUUCCUUUCUGUUCUCACUUAUUUACUUAACACUUGUUUUUAUUAACAAAACAAAUAAAUUUAUUUUAUUUAACCCUUUAAAUAAAUUACCACUCAGUCAGCCAAUCAAUCAGCUUCAGCAAACAGUAAAACAUUUUAUACUCUCCAAGUUGUAAAUAAAAUCCAAGCCCGCGCUCCGUAGAAAUUUCAAAUCGAUAGUGUCGUAGCAACGAUGUUGUCCUGACCUGACAAGGACUUGUGUACAUUGCGAAAAUAUUUAUCAUAUUUUUUACAACCUGAAGAUAAAAGUAAUCAAGCAAAGUCGGAAAGUCACGGAGGAUUUGAUUGAUUUUAAAAUAAAUACGUGAGUGAAAAGUGAUUUUAUUUGAAUUCUUUAAUUUCGUUUGUUGUAAAACGUUAGGAAGAAUUUAUUUAAAUAUGAAGAAGAGUAACUGGAGAACAGAAGGUAAAUUUGUCAGCAAUUGGAUGUCAUGUUGUCUUUACACGGCGGUCCUCGUGAUUGUACUGUGUACUAAAACACAAGAAGCUUUACCUGUUGUCUCUGACAAUGACGCCAUGAGAUAUUUGUCGCAAUUCGGAUACUUACCACCGGUGAACCCAACAAGCGGUGGAAUUAUUUCUGAAGACACUGUUUACAAAGCUAUCAUGGAUUUCCAAGCAUUCGCUGGCUUAAAUGUAACAGGUUCAAUGGAUAAUGACACUGCUACUAUGAUGUCUUUGCCAAGAUGUGGAGUAAAAGACAAAGUAGGAGCCAGUACUGACGGCAGAUCAAGACGUUAUGCAUUACAAGGAUCUAGAUGGCGAGUUAAAAAGCUCACAUACAAAAUAAGUAAGUAUCCAAGGUCACUUGAUAAAGCAUCAGUAGACAAAGAUAUUGCCCGAGCAUUUGCGGUCUGGUCAGAGCACACGGAUCUUACAUUUACGCAGAAAAAAACCGGACAAGUCCACAUUGACAUCAGAUUCGAACGCGGAGAGCACGGCGACGGUGAUCCAUUUGAUGGUCCAGGAGGAACACUCGCUCACGCAUAUUUUCCAGUCUACGGUGGUGACGCCCAUUUUGAUGACUCGGAACACUGGUCUAUCAACAGCUACCGCGGGACAAAUUUAUUCCAAGUCGCCGCUCAUGAGUUUGGUCAUUCUCUGGGUCUGAGUCACAGCGACAUUAAAUCCGCAUUGAUGGCGCCUUUCUAUCGAGGAUACGAACCAAAUUUUAUGCUCGAUGGUGACGACGUUUAUGGGAUUCAAGCAUUAUAUGGGUCCAAAGCACUGGAAGCAAGUGAUACAGAAGUUCAUCAACGCACGACAUCAAGCCCGACUGGUGAAGAAGACUCAGUUUUAUGCGCAGACUCAAAAGUCGAUACAAUGUUCAAUUCCGCUGAUGGUCAUACAUUUGUAUUCAAAGGCGAUUACUACUGGAUGUUAACGGACGACGGUGUGGCCAGUGGGUAUCCUAGACUGAUAAGUAGUUCCUGGAAAGGAUUGCCAGGGAAAAUCGAUGCCGCUUUUACGUACAAGAAUGGCAAAACAUACUUCUUCAAGGGAUCCAAGUACUGGAGGUACGUAGGGAAGAGGAUUGACGGCGACUACCCGAAGGACAUCAGCGAAGGAUUCACCGGAAUACCCGACAAUAUUGACGCAGUGACUGUAUGGACGGGCAACGGAAAAAUUUACUUUUACAAAGGCACUAAAUUCUGGAGAUUCGAUCCCGCUCAACGACCCCCAGUUAAAAGUACAUAUCCGAAAUUAAUUUCUAAUUGGGAAGGAGUACCCAACAACGUCGACGCAGCCUUAACUUAUCACGGGUACACGUAUUUCUUCAAAGACAAUGCGUACUAUCGGUUUAACGACCGAACAUUCUCCGUCGAUGUGGCUGAACCAGCGUUCCCGAGAGCAACAGCGUUCUGGUGGUUCGGAUGUAAAUCUGCGAGUCGAGGGACAUUAGAAGAGAACAACCUGCGGUAUGGAUUAUUUGGAUUUGACAAAUGAAGCCUUUUUUAUUUUGUUUGAUAAAGGAAAUAAAGUGCCUGGUGAAGGCUCCGAACGUGCCACAUAUAAGUAAAUAAUAAAUUAGCAAUAAAUAAUUAAAUAAAAAGGAAAAACGAUGCGUAAGAUGCGAAACAAAGGAAGAAAAUGAUUUAAAUAAAUAAAACAAAAAAAAUAAUAAUAAUAAUAAAGUUCCAAAACAACCAGCUCGUAGCUGCUGCGUUCCUUAAGUAUUUUUUUUAUUGCCCCUGCGUCAAUAAAUAGCUGAAUGCUAAUGAGGAUUUAUUAUUUUAUUCAAACAACAGUGCGAAUAAAAUUUAAAUUAAUGAGUUUCUUCGUGCGAUACUUUACGGUUACAAUUGUUCAGCACUAAACAGAAGCUUAGCAUUGAAUAUUUUAUGUUAUUUAGUAAAGUCAGAGUAAAUUAAUAAAAUAAUCAAAGUAUUUUAUUAAAAAAAAAAGAUAAAGAAAGAAAAAAAAAACAAUUAAAUCCGUAUA